ACAGAACGUUGGGAUUAGCAACAGCGGUUUGGGGCCUACGGCGACCAAGGUCAGAACUCCCCCAGUCAGAGUACUGUCUGGCGGCCUAGCAGAGAGGAGGAGAGGGGCAGUCGAGAGGGCAGCUGAUCUUAAGUAUUUGGUGGCGGAAAAGCCUAGGUUGGAGUUGCCAUGAGUGAGAGCCGACAGGUAAUCUACCGUGGGCGGCGGGAACCCCUCUCUGCCUCCAGAAGUAGAUGUUGCCGGAGAUCUGGCAAAUCUGACACUUCUAGACAUGAAAGAUCUCUUUACAAAGACAAUUCUAGACAAUCUGGCUCUGAAUCACCGUCCAGAUCUGAAUCGAAAUCCAGAUCCCAAAUGAGCUCUCCAGAGACUGUUGUAAAAAGCCGCUCCUAUUCCCAGUCUGGCUCAGGUUCUCGCUCUUACUCUGGUACUGGCUCUGGCUCCCGGUCCGUCUCCCGCACUAUUUCCAGGUCCGGCUCCUGCACUGUUUCCCGGUCCGUCUCCCGCACUAUUUCGCGUUCUGGCUCCUGCACUGUUUCCCGGUCCGUCUCCCGCACUAUUUCGCGGUCUGGCUCCUGCACUGUCUCCCGGUCCGUCUCCCGCACUAUUUCACGGUCUGGCUCCUGCUCGGGUUCCUGCUCUGCUUCCUGCUCGGGUUCUCGUUCCUGCUCCCACUCUGGCACCUGUUCUCGCUCCGGCACCCGUUCCCGUUCCGACACCCGAUCCCGCUCUGACACCCGUUCCUGCUCCGACACCCGUUCCUGCUCCGGCACCCGUUCCUGCUCCGGCACCCGUUCCUGCUCCGGCACCCGUUCCUGCUCCGGCACCCGUUCCCGCUCUGAUACUCGUUCCUGUUCUGGCACCCGUUCUCGCUCUGGUACCCGUUCCCACUCUGGCACCCGUUCGCGCUCUGACACCCGUUCCCGUUUCCGUUCCCGUUCCCCCCGCGAUCGCAAUCGCAGACAAUUCCGGAGCAGGUCUUACAGUCGAGAUUAUCGUGAAUACCGAAGACGGCGCCCUAGCCAUUCUCCUCUGGCUACUCGCAGGCGUCAUCUGGGGAAUCGGUCCAAUCCCGAUCCCAAUUGUUGUCUCGGGGUAUUCGGUUUGAGCCUGUACACUACCGAAAGGGAUCUAAGAGACAUAUUCACCAAAUAUGGACCGAUUUCUCACGUCUCCAUUGUUUAUGACCAACAAUCUAGGCGCUCACGGGGGUUUGCUUUUGUGUAUUUUGAAAACGUGGAAGACGCUAAGAAAGCUAAAGAGAGCGUUGAUGGAAUAGAGCUUGACGGAAGAAGGAUCAGAGUGGAUUUUUCUAUUACAAAAAGACCCCACACACCGACACCUGGAAUCUACAUGGGAAGACCUACUUACAACAGACGUCGUGACUACCACGAAAGGGCAUAUGAUCGCGGAUAUAAUGAGAGGGAGUAUUAUAAUAGAUCCUAUAGAGGAGUUAGUGGAGGAAUAACAACGGGAAGCGGGGGAAACUGGAGAAGCGUUCAAGAUAGGGAGGUAGUUUACAGACGGCGAACACCAUCACCCUAUUACAGCCGUGGGAGGUACCAAUCCCGUUCUAGAUCUCGCCCUUAUUCUCCUCGUCACUUUUAAAGCAUGACAAUAGAGAAUUUCAAAAUCUUGCUUUAGAAUCACAA